AUGCACCUGUCUUGGCCUCCCAAAGAGCUGGGAUUAUAGGCGUCAGCUACCAUGCAUGGCUGGUGUAGUAUCUUUACAUUUUACUUAAUGCAGAACCAUUUUCAAGUAACCUCAUCACAAUGAUUAUGACCUCAUGCAAGAACCAUCUGUUUUAUCCUUCAGUGUAGUUGUACUUUACUAUCUUAAAAGCUAUUACAUUCUGUGCUUUUUUGGAAUGUUUUAUGCUUUUACAGUCUUAACCAUUGCUUAAUAUCACUUCAGAGGAACAGCUUGUGCAAAGAACAUAUGAUAAGGAAUGGAAAACAGUUGAUGAUGGAAACAGAUUUUGGGUUAAUCGCAUUCUUAAAAUAUUAUGAUGUUCUUUUUAAUAAAAUGUACAUUUCACAUAAUUUUCCUCUUUUGGAAUUAACCAUGGUCAAUCAUUCUUUAAACCAGGUUUGUUUCUGACAAAAGAAAUAAUAUAAACUAAGUUCUAACUGUAGUAAUCGUGUAAUAUUAAAAGAUACUAUUUAUGGGAUUAAUUAAAAGCCCUCUUUAUCUUGCUUAGGAGUUUCCAAUAAUCGAAUCAGUGCUGGAUUUUUUUUUUUUUUUUUUAGAUAUGGCUGCCCCCAGUUAAUAUUAUUUCAUUAAAAGCUUUACAAAAUGAUCCUAAUAUACUUGAAAUACUUAGAGGACUGCAGUGUAUAUAAGCAAGAAUCUACCUUACUGCUGUUUGAUUUUUUUUUUUUUACCAUAACCCUCAGAAGGAAUACAGUUGACAUCACAGUCCUAUAUAUAAAUGUGUGUUUUUAUGUGGCAUCAUAAACACCACUGCACUAGGUGGCAAUCUUCAUUACUAUUUAUUUGUAUAUGUGUAGUCAACUUACAAAAGGAAACAUUAGAGAUAGGAAAAGAAUGUUGAACCUUACAACUGGGAGUUGCCAGAGAAAAUAUGUGCCCUGGCCAAUUCCGCAGGACUACCCAGUCUGAAGGAAACCAGAAAAUGUGAAUCUCUCUUCCUUCAAAACGCUAUGCUGAAGUAGUAUUUAAUAUUCAAGUACUUGUAAAUUUUCAGAACAAUACUUUUUAAUUUCACCCAUGAAUUCUAUUUAAAUUUGUCACUUAAUACUUAUCUAAGAAGCAAACCAUCUAACAAGAUUUCUAGUUUAUUUCUCCAACUCCUAAUAAAUAGGGUCACUUUAUUUUUAACUGUUUUCUAAUUUGAAAAGUAAUACAGGCAUAUGGUAUUUUAAAAAUGAAACAGCACAAAGGGAUAUGUUUUAAAAAAACAUCUCUGAACUGUAAUCAUCCGUAACAUAUAACUUGUUUCAUUUUAAAACUUGGAUCAGUUUUUUUUUAUCAGUACAUAUAUUUCUAUCCUACUGAUUUAUUUGCCAUUUCAUCUAAUUUAGUUUGAACAUUCCAUAAUUCAGUUUACUUAAUUAGUCCUCUAUUGAUUGAGACCUGGCUCUUCUCAGGGUCUUGCUAUUAUAAACAAUGCUACAGUGAAUAUUGCUAUUUAUAAAUCCAUACAUACCACAUAAUACAUCUUAAGUUCCUGGAAGAGGUAUUGCUAAACCAGAAGAUAACCUGCAUUUAAAAUUUUGACUGCUAGGGUCAGGGUCACAUUUAAAUGAAAUUAGAACAAAGGAAUUACAUAAUUUUCUUCAAUAGCAAUCUAUUCCAGUAACCACCCCAAGUCACAAAGGAAAGCAAAAGUAUCAAGAACUUCCUUCUCAAACUUUGAGUUUUAUGUGUUCUGGUGGGUUAAUAAUUUGUCUCAUUUCUCUUUAUCAUAAUGCCUUCGAGAAUGUAUGUACCCCACUCUUUUUCCAGAAUUAUCCACAACUUUUCACAGUAACUGAAUCUAUGCCACAAUGGUAUAUUCAACUAGUGGGGCUUCAGGAUGUGAAAUAGACAAUAUUAGUAGUGGGCCACCGUUAACUACCAAAUGCUUUCUUUGCCUUUAAGUCUGUGUAUUUUUAUCUGUAAAGUGACAUCCAUAGCUGUCAUUGUACACUUCAUGGAAAUGAGUAUACAGAAUAAUACUCAUGGUGGGGCUAAGUGCAGUGGCUUAUGCCUGAAAUCCCAGCACUUGGGGAGGCUGAGGCAGGCAGAUCACUUGAACCUGGGAGGCAGAGGAUGCAGUGAGCCGAGGUUGUGUCGCUGCACUCCAGCCAGGGUGACAGAGCGAGACCCUGUCUCAAAAAAAAAUAAUAAUAACAAUACUCAUGGUGGCACUGACGACACUGUAAAAUUAAGAUUCAGAAAAACAGGAUAAGUCACAGACAGCAACCAUUCCAGCAUUUGUUUUGUUUGUACCUAUGUGCAAUUUGAGAAAAUUUACUUUUAGAACAGACUCUGUUAAAGGGACAGACAAUACAUUACUGUUUAUUCAGAAGGUUUCUGCAUAAAGGUGAUAUAGCCUUUUGACUUAGUGUAUUCUUGUCCUACCUUGUCCUAAUAAUCUGGGCUGUAUUUGUAUAGUCAGGUUGCAUUUUCAUUGCACAUGCUACAUAAUUUUUACAAAAUAUUAACAAAUGGAAAGAAAACCAAAUAUAGAUAUAUAAUAAGGAAAAGCUGGCCUAUAGAAAAUACCAAAGCAGAUAACAGUAGCAGAGUUUAAACCAAUUUUGUUUUUAAAAUGUCAUUUACAUGGGAAAAUAUUUAACUUUAGUUUUCUUUUGGUGGUUAAAAGUUAGAAGUGAGUAAGUUUUUUUUUUCUUUUUCUACAAUGAAGAUUAUGUGACCUUGCAAUUUAAACAGCCAGUGCCCUUUUAAAAAGGUUAUGUCCAUAUUUCUCCAACUUCAUUUUCUGUCUCGUUUCAUCUCCCCUCACUUUUCUAAGUUUUCCUUCAGUAACCCCAUUUUUCUUUAGUUCAUUUGUUUGCAUGCUUCCUUGCUUUUGUUUUUUGUUUUUCCUGGUUAUGAUAGAGAAUUAGUCUCAUUCUCUAAGUAUGUAAAUAAAGGAUUGAAUUUUCAUGUAGGCAAAAAUGAUUUACAGCAUCCUUGCGUUUUCUGCCCAUCUCUGCAUUUGUUAGCUCUUGUUUUUAGCUGGGAAAAAGGCAGUUACCAUUUUACUGUUUCAGGUGUUCUUGAUUCAUUUUGAAAAGCUGACUAAUGAAAGAAGGAGAAUCCUCUAUGAAUUAUCCUGAACUGGCUUAUAAUAUAUUGUUUGAAUUAAUGACCUGUUAAUGACCUUCUGUUUCUUUAACAAAGUGUGUUUCACGUAACAGCAGAUAAUCACCAGAAUGGGAGUGAAUGACUUGUGGCAAAUUUUGGAGCCUGUUAAGCAACACAUCCCCUUGCGUAAUCUUGGUGGGCAAACUCUUGCAGUUGAUCUGAGUCUCUGGGUGUGUGAGGCACAGACAGUCAAAAAAAUGAUGGGCAGCGUCAUGAAGCCCCACCUCAGGAACUUAUUUUUUCGUAUCUCAUAUUUAACACAAAUGGAUGUAAAACUGGUGUUUGUUAUGGAAGGGGAACCACCGAAGCUGAAAGCUGAUGUCAUAAGCAAGAGGAAUCAGACUCGGUAUGGCCCUUCUGGAAAAUCGUGGUCUCAGAAAACAGGGAGAUCACAUUUUAAAUCAGUCUUAAGAGAGUGCCUCUAUAUGCUCGAAUGCUUAGGAAUCCCCUGGGUUCAGGCUGCUGGGGAAGCUGAAGCCAUGUGUGCUUACCUCAAUGCUGUUGGUUGUGUAGAUGGCUGCCUCACCAAUGACGGGGAUACUUUCCUCUAUGGGGCCCAGACUGUGUACAGGAAUUUCACUAUGAAUACAAAGGACCCACAUGUUGACUGUUACACAAUGUCAUCUAUCAAGAGUAAACUAGGUUUGGAUAGAGAUGCUCUGGUUGGAUUGGCAAUACUUCUUGGCUGUGAUUAUCUCCCAAAGGGAGUCCCAGGAGUUGGAAAAGAGCAAGCAUUAAAACUUAUACAGAUUUUGAAAGGGCAAAGUUUACUUCAGAGGUUUAAUCGGUGGAAUGAAACAUCUUGUAACUCUAGUCCACAACUGCUAGUCACUAAAAAACUGGCUCAUUGUUCUGUAUGUUCUCAUCCAGGUUCACCUAAGGAUCAUGAACGUAAUGGUUGCAGAUUAUGUAAAAGUGAUAAAUAUUGUGAGCCACACGAUUAUGAAUACUGCUGCCCUUGUGAGUGGCACCGUACGGAACAUGAUAGGCAACUCAGUGAAGUAGAGAACAAUAUUAAAAAGAAAGCUUGUGGUUGUGAGGGAUUUCCCUUCCAUGAGGUUAUUCAAGAAUUCCUUUUAAACAAGGAUAAAUUGGUGAAGGUUAUCAAGUACCAAAGACCUGAUUUGUUAUUGUUUCAGAGAUUUACUCUUGAAAAAAUGGAGUGGCCCAAUCACUAUGCAUGUGAGAAGUUGCUGGUACUUUUGACCCGUUAUGACAUGACAGAAAGAAAGCUUGGUAGAAGGCACUCUAAUCAACUACAGCCAAUUCGAAUUGUUAAGACCCGAAUCAGAAAUGGAGUUCAUUGUUUUGAAAUAGAAUGGGAAAAGCCUGAACAUUAUGCAAUGGAAGAUAAACAACAUGGAGAAUUUGCUCUACUAACAAUUGAAGAAGAAGCAUUGUUUGAAGCAGCCUAUCCUGAGAUAGUUGCUAUUUACCAAAAACAAAAAUUAGAAAUGAAAGGGAAGAAACAAAAAAGUAUUAAGCCUAAAGAAAACAAUUUGCCAGAACCAGAUGAUGUAAUGAGCUUUCAGUCACACAUGACUUUAAAACCCACAAGUGAAAUCUUUCACAAGCAGAAUUCCAAGUUAAAUUUGGGAAUUUCACCUGAACCUACAUUACCACAGGAAUCGAUUUCUGCCUCAUUGCAUAGCUUGCUUUUACCUAAAAAUGCUCCAUGUUUGAAUGCACAAGAACAAUUCAUGUCUUCUCCAAGACCUUUGGCUAUACAGCAAAUUAAGGCUGUCACUAAGUCUCUAAUUUCAGAAUCUAGUCAACCUGGGACCUCAUGUCAUAAUAUAUCCGUGAUUACCGAUCUCCACUUGAGCACCAUUGACUGGGAAGGUACUUCUUUUAGUAAUUCUCCAGUGAUUCAAAGGAAUACUUUCUCUCAAGGUUUAAAAUCAGAAGUUGAAUCAGAGCUAUCAGCUAUCCCUGGUGGCUUUGAAAAUAUCCCAGAACAACUGCCAUGUGAAUCAGAAAGGUAUACUGCAAAUAUAAAUAAAGUAUUGGAUGAGGUUUCUGAUAUAAUUAGUCCUGAAGAGCAUCUGCUUUCUGGUAUUACUGAUUUAUGUCUUCAGGAUUUGCCUUUAAAGGAACGAAUAUUUAUAAAAUCAUUAUAUACUCAGGAUAAUCUGCAACCAGAUGUCAACCUGAAAACUUUGUCCAAACUUAGUGUGAAAGAAUGUUGUAUUGCUAACAGUGGUUCUGAUUGUGCAUCACAUCUUUCAAAGGAUCUUCCGGGAAUUUCCUUGCAGAAUGAAUCCGGAGACUCUAAAGUUCUAAAAGAAGAUGAGCUGCUUCAGGAAGACUAUAAAGCCUGUACUUCUGUACCUUAUUCUAUCAGUAACACAACAGAAAAGACCUGCAGCGUUAGAUCACCAAAUGCUGCAUUAGAUUAUAGUAGAAAAAUUGAUAUGCAAACCACUCAGAAAAUUUUAAUGAAGAAGAGUGUUUGCCUUGACAGACAUUCCUCUGAUGAAGAAAGUGCUCCAGUGUUUGGAAAAGCUAAGUACACAACUCAAAGAAUGAAGCACAGUUCUCAAAAGCAUAAUUCAUCCCAGUUCAAAGAAAGUGGCCACAACAAGUUGAGUAGCCCUAAAAUACAUAUUAAAGAAACUGAACAGUGUGUCAGAGCUUAUAAAACAGCUGAGAAUGAAGAAAGCUGUUUCCCAGAUUCAGCAAAAAGUUCUCUGAGUUCUCUAGAGUGUCAUAAAGAAAACAACUCUGGUACUUGUUUGGAUAGUCCUCUUCCUUUACGCCAGAGAUUAAAACUAAGAUUCCAAAGCACUUGAAAGGAAUUUAAAACAUUUAAGUAUAAAUUAUUAUUUUAGUGCUAUCAGCAAUAGCAGAGACAGAGGGAAGGUAUGUAGUUAAUGCAUAGUAAAAAUUUAAUGUGGUUCUGUAUGUCAUGAAACAGUUGCCAUUUUAAUCAAAAUUGUAAUUUUUAAAAUGUUAACUAAAACCGGUUUUAAAAGAUCCUCUGUAUUGAAAACUUCAGAUAAUAUAUAUUUUUAAAAUA